AUGUAUAGGUUUAGUAAUACAGUGAUAGGGUUCUUGAACCUUUUCACUCUCUUAGCAUCGAUACCGAUUAUUGGAGGAGGUUUAUGGAUGGCUAGGAGCAAAACAACAUGCGAGAGUUUUCUUCAAACGCCGCUUCUAGUAAUCGGCUUUGUAAUUCUCAUUAUUUCGCUUGCUGGAUUCAUUGGAGCUUGCUUUAAUGUUGCAUGGGCACUUUGGGUGUAUUUAGUUGUCAUGUUGUUCCUUAUAGGGACUUUGUUAGGCUUAACUCUUUUUGGUUUUGUGGUCACCAGCCGAGGACAUGGAGUGGAAGUUCCUGGUAGGGUUUAUAAGGAGUAUCAUCUUGAAGAUUACUCUCCCUGGUUUAAGAAAAGAAUUAAGGAUCCUCAGUAUUGGAUGACCAUCAAAAAUUGCCUUUUGGGUUCAAAAACAUGUGCCCAAAUUUCUUACUGGACUCCUAUUGACUAUCUUACCAGAGAUAUGUCUCCUGUUCAGUCUGGUUGUUGCAAGCCACCAACUACAUGCAAUUACGCAGGGACAAUGUUAGCUCAGGAUGAAGAUUGUUAUCACUGGAAUAAUGCACCAAAUUUGUUGUGCUACGACUGCGAUUCAUGCAAAGCCGGAGUUCUUGAGAGUGUAAAAUUAGACUGGCACAAGCUCUCUGUCCUGAAUAUUGUCAUGAUUGUCCUCCUGAUUGGCAUCUACUCAAUUGGAUGUUGCGCAUUCCAGAAUACUAAAAGGGCCGAAAGCGAUUACCCAUAUGGCGAAAAUCGGAUGUCUAAAGUCCAUCCCAGAUGGGAUUUUCACUGGUGGAGAUGGUGGCAUGAUAGAAGAAACCAGCUUUACUAGAAGAAAAUAUGUUUUUUUCUUUUCUUAUCAUAUUCACAAAUUGUAUGGACAUAAAUUUCAGCUCAGCCUUUUUUUUUGCCUGCAUACAUACAGCUUUUUUAUUUUGGUGUGUAAAGAAACAUUUACCUUUAAAUCAAGGGCCAAACCUGCUUUUCUUUUUUA